GAGAGAGUGAGGACUGAUUAAAGGGAUUAAGUAGCGUCAGUUUAGACAAUUCUUCUCUUCCACAUCGGUAUAAGGAAACAAAAUGAUUUACAGCAGGGGAAUAGAAGAUUAGGGUAUCAGCACAGCAGGACGUAGACACUAUCUAAAAUAAUUAAGUGCCUUUUGUUGAACAGCAUUUAGUGGGACAACUUUGGCAACAAAUGCAUUGAAGAGAUGAAUUCUCAAGCUGUCACACCGUUGUUGGUUGUUGCCAUUUGGAAAGUGAGAAAUACAGAAGGCAAAUGAAGAGCUAAUGAGAACAAGAGGAUCCUUUGAGGAUGACAAGGUCUUUAAUGUCCUUCUAAUACUUCAGAGAACAAGCUUUAUUGAUGGAUUAAAGGGGACAUUCGGAGACUUCCUCCUCAAGUGGCUUUUGAAACAGAACAAAUGUUCGAUCAUGUUCCAGUUAGGGGUCAUACUGACUUCUGCUUCCUCAACAAGACCUAGCUAAGUAUUUACACUUUGAAUGAGAGAGAAUUGGUCAGAUGAGAUUGGGAUUUUGGUGCCUUGUUCUUGUUGUUGUGGUGGAUUUUAACCCGCGAGUUAAAUGGUGCUGAUCAUAGAGGACUCAGGUGGAGGUGGAGGGAAGUUGUUAAAAGUUCAGCAGAAUGGGAUCUCUGGAGGUCAGGCGGGGGCUGUCAGGGGUCCCAUAAAUGAGGAGUUGGAGACAGUCACACACGACAUAAAUGAGGAUCCUAAUGUGGGAGACAAUGAGGACAACAACUAUUACGAUGACGACGACGAUGAUGUCUAUCAGGAAUUUGAAGAGUUUGACUUUGACACAUUGCCAGAUCGGCCAGAGGAUAGCAGGAGUAUCGCCUCUGAUGACUCCUUCUAUCCACCUGAUGAGUCUCUCAAAUACAGGACUCCCAGCCCAGUCACCCCUGAACCGCUGUCUUUCUUCAUGGCCUGCUACAAUAACAAUUCCAUCAUAGUGAAGAUUAUGAUUAGGCAAGGGGUGACAGAGGAGGAAGUGAGAGAAACAGAUAAGAACAACAGAAAUGGGCUGAUAGUAGCCUGUUACAUGGGCUGGGUGGAUGUGGUCAUAGCGCUCUCUCAGUGUCCCCACAUUGACGUCAACUGGCAAGACAACGAGGGGAAUACAGCCCUCAUGACAGCUGCUCAAGCUGGUCACAUUAUGAUAUCCAGCUACUUGAUCAACUACUUCUCUAACCUGGACCUAGAGCGUAGAAACUGCCAUGGAUUCACAGCUAUGAUGAAGGCAGCCAUGCAAGGGAGGGCAGAUGUUGUUCGUUUGCUCAUGUUGUCAGGAGCGGACGUGGAGGCGAGGGACUACGGGCGCAAGAUGACCUCCAGGGAGUGGGCUUUGUUCACAUGCCGCUACGAGACGGCCUACCUGAUGACUCGUCUGAUGGCCCAGCCGUGCGCCGAGCAGUUCUGUGAAUCCUACAAGCUGGAGUGGCCCAUGCUGCAGGAGCUGGUGACCCAACGCCAGGAACCCAAGAACUGCUGGCAGAAGGUGGCAGACAAAGCCUGCUGUAGGUUCUCCCUCCGCAUGAAGACGGACCCUGUGGACGACGGUGUGAUGGACCACAUGGUGCGCAUCACCACCGCCCUGUCCAGCCCAUUGAUCGCCACCGCCUGCCACACCGUGGCCCUGAGAAGCCCGCCCUGCAUUGGGAAGCGGCGCUAUGCUGUACCGGAGAUCCUCAGGAAGCAGCGGGUGGACGAGCUGAAGCGCCUGGGGCCCGACCGGAUCAACAACUACAAGAAGCUGUUCAAUAACUCCCGGGUGCAGUUGGUCCCUAAGAAGACAGACCGGAGGGCCAGCCUGCAGACCCAAAUGUUGCAGGAGGUUGCGGUGGCCGGUACGUCUGCCCUGAGGCGUGCCAGCUUGCUGCCCCUGAACAUGAUGAGGAGGAGCAGCGUCAGGCCGGGCAUUGUAAUCCCCAAGGUGAGGCUGUGCAAGGCCCCCUCGGGGCCUGCCUCCGAGAAGAGAAGGAAGAGCAAGGACCCUGCGCUCCUCCAGCUCCCCAAGUGGAGGUACAAACAGGCCAAGGAGGAGAGGAGGAGGCAAGAGGAGGAGGAGAAGCAGAGACGUUUUCCCACAGUGAGGAGGCGGUGAAAGAAUUGAGCUAUGAGGAGAGGGCAAAAAAAUGUCAGGAGCCUUGGGAGGUGAGCCAACCUUUUAUUACAAUUGGUACUGAGCUGAAGAGUUGAAGUGAUCACCUGCAUUCGAGAUUUUAAGGAUUUUGCUACUAGAUUAUACUGUAGCCAUGGAGCACCAUGUCUUCCUGUCCUACAUUUGGGUACUCCGUGUUGGGAUGGGAACAAUUGGCUUGAACUGUGCACUCACUGUGAGGAAUUAAUACUUGAACUUUGAUCCAGAUGUAUUUUUGUAUGCAUUCUUCAGAUGAUGACUAUGUUUGAUAUUUCCAUUGUGAAAGGAUAACUCACGCUAACACAAUAUUACCUCUGCACAUUGUUUAUUGUGUCAACGUUUCAGUCAGACAUCCCCAAAAAAUACUGACACCUACUGCAUAUUUAGGUUUAUCUGAAUGUUAAGGAUAUUCUCAAGGCAGACAGUACACUAAUCAGUUGGAUGUUUCCUCGGCUGUUAAUAAAGGAUACAUGUACGUGCA